GAGGAGCGAUGGCGGCGCGGGGCUGCCGGGGGAUCGAGUGAGGGGAGCGGGAGAGGCCGGGGAUCCGGGGCCCGCGGCUGAGGGCAGAGGCCGGGGGUCCGGGGAACGGCGAUCCCGGGGCCCGGAGUUUGAGGGGCGGGCGGAGAGCGAACUGAGCCCGGGCACCGGCGCCCCGAUGGAGCGGCCCGACCCCCAGUGAGCGGGGAUCGGGGCGGCGCCGCGUCGGGCAUGGAGCCUGCCCCCGGGCCGGAGGGGAUCAGCAGCCCGGGGAUAACCGUGCAGCCCCCCGGGCCGGAGGGGGACGAGAGCCCCGGGAUAACGCUCCAGCCCCCCGGGCCGGAGGGGGACGAGAGCCCCGGGAUAACGCUCCAGCCCCCCGGGCCGGAGGGGGACGAGAGCCCCGGGAUAACGCUCCAGCCCCCCGGGCCGGAGGGGGACGAGAGCCCCGGGAUAACGCUCCAGCCCCCCGGGCCGGAGGGGGAUGAGAGCCCGGGAGAGUAUGAGAGGCUGCGGGUGGUGUUCGACAUGUUUGACCUGGCCGGGGAAGGGCUAAUCCGGCUGGAGGACUUCUGCCAGAUCGCCAGCAGCUACGGAGCGGAGCAGGUAAAGGAGUUAACUAAGUAUCUGGAUCCUGCUGGUCUUGGGGUCAUUGGCUUUGAUGACUUCUGUCGUGGAAUUGCUGCCAUCAAGAAUAAUGGAGAUUCUGACAGCCAGAACUAUGAUGCUGGAUUUGGAAAUGAAGAUGAUGUACUGCCCUGUUCUGACGGGUUUGAGGACUUCAAUUGUUUUGAGACUAAUGAAGUGACAGACAGUGCUUACAUGGGCUCUGAGAGUACCUACAGUGAGUGUGAGACAUUCACAGAUGAGGACACGGGUACUCUGGUUCACCACGGAACACAUGAUGAGUUGGAAACUGACAGUGCCAUAGAUGCCACCUUAAACUCUGAGUUCACAGAUACACCUGAAGAUCCAGAAAACAGUGUUCUAUUUAAUGGGACCAUGAAGACCCAUCAGCAUAACUUCUCGAUAAGCUCCAGCAUUUCUCUCCUUAGCACCGAGGAGCACUUUGAAGAUUAUGGAGAGAGCAAUGAGAAUGACUUUGCAUCCAGCAGUUUGUGUCAGGAUGGAGGCAUUGGCAUCAAUGGCCACUUAAAUCGCUCGUCGCUGCUUUGUCCCAGUGAUCAUUUCACUUCAACUUUACAAAGUAUCAUUGGGGAAGAGAUGCUGGAGUUUUACUGCACCCAGUGUCAUAAACAAAUCAAUCGCCUGGAAGAUCUCUCUGCUCGCAUCAGCUGUCUUGAAAUGAAUAGCCCCAUCAUGAGACUCAGCAGCAAGAAGGUGGCUCGGCACCUCCAGAGCAGCACAGCCGGCAGUGACAGCAUGGAGGACCUGGCUGCGAGCAUGUUGGGCCACUUGCCUGCGGAUCUCACUGAGCAGGUGAUGUUCCUGGAGAAGAGAGUUACAGAGCUGGAGCAGGAAAAUACAACCAAUGGAGAAGUCCACAGUCGCCUUAAGCAGGAGAACCUGCAUCUGGUGCACAGGGCAAAUGCAUUGGAAGAACAGCUGAAAGAGCAGGAAACCAAGUCCGAACAGAUGUUACUGGAGGAAAUAAAAAAACAGAAAGAUGUUCUGAGCAAAGUGGAGCGAGAACAAGUCAUUGAAAUGGAGAAUCUGCACACCAGGUUACAGCAGCUGGAUGAGGAGAACAGUGAGCUACGAGCAUGCAUUCCCUGCCUUCGGGCCAAUGUCGAGAGGCUGGAGGAGGAGAAGAGGAAGCUCUUGGAUGAAAUGGAUGAUCUGAUACAGAAGUUGAAGGAAGAGCAGGAGAACAACCAGAAGUUGUCAGACAGACUCUUGCACAAGAAAUACCAAUUCCAGAAAGAAAAGGAAACCACUCAAGAGCUUAUUGAAGAUCUGCGCAAGCAAUUGGAGCAGCUGCAACUGUUCAAACUGGAAGCGGAGAGGUUGCGCGGACGGUCGAGCAGCAUUGGGCUGCAGGAGUACAACUGCCGGAAUCGAGAGACUGAGCUGGAGCAGGAGAUUAAACGCCUCAAACAGGAUAACCGAAAUCUGAAGGAGCAGAACGAUGAGCUGAAUGGGCAGAUCAUUAACCUGAGUAUCCAGGGGGCAAAGAGUCUUUAUACAGCCUCCAUCACAGAAUCACUGGCUGCAGAAAUCAGCUCCGUUUCCAGGGAUGAACUUAUGGAUGCUAUUCAGAAACAGGAAGAGAUAAACUACAGGCUGCAGGACUACAUUGACCGAAUUGUUGUGGCGAUCAUGGAGACAAACCCCGCGAUCUUAGAGAUCAAACAAACUGAGGCACAUUCUUAGCCUCUCGGGACCAGUGUACAAACAGUAGCUCUUCUGUCAUUUGUGUGUAAAUCGUGAGGCAAUUUGGCUGCAGAAUUCUUUGUCCUAACUCUUGAACCAUGGACCUGUGUAAAUCCCACACAGCAUCACUUCGUCUUCCUGUCCAAGUGCCAAGGUUCUGGCAGUUUUCUGUUCUCUGUUCACAGUUGCACUUGUGUUGGGAUCACAGAAUGGACCACAGGCCUACGCAGGACUGGACUACUCAGAUCGUGGCCAGUAACAGUACAUCCUGUCAUUAAAAUUCAGUGAACUGAGGCAACUCGUUAUUGAUGAUGGGGAUGGGGAGUGGAGUGGUGAACAGCACUGUGGCAGAAGGCAUUGCUGAAAGUUCAAGGAGUGGGAAUGAUGUUCCACCCACUCUGGGCUGUGUCUAUGGGAGUCCACGGAACAUGUAGCAGCAGAUCAUCAAAUGGGAGCUGGCAGGAUCCUGUACAGGGCUGGCUUGGGUUUAGCACAGUGGAUCCAGCUGCCUUGCCUUUUUCUGUUCUGGAAUCAUGGCUCAAUGUCCCACCUUGUAUCUAGGAUUCCAUCCCCGGUUUUCGUUCAGGGUCAUGAAUCUACUGUUUGUCCAUCUAGAAACGUCUUCCUGGCUCAGCUGGCCCUCUUCCUCCUUGCUGUACAAGUUUUCUUUUAAGUUGUGCAAUGUUGUUGCUUGGUAUUUGCAAGAAAUCCAAUCAGCAAUUUUUUUCUGUGGGACUUAAACGGUGUACUGAUCUGACUUUGUAUUGUGGCUUGUCAGGCUGAAUUUUUUGAACAGCUGUCCUGUACAAGGAUUGGUUGUAUUGAGCACACCCAGGUCUGUCACAAUAGGCUUUAUUAAGACUUAAGUAAAUUUCAAUGGUCCAGGGAAGUGCUUCACAAGCCACAGUCCCUAGAUCAGUGUGCAUGAGUUCAAUGAUAUUAGUUCUGAAAUAUUGCCCACACACCACUACAUACUGAUUGCACUACCACAAGGAUGUAACACACCUCACUGUCAAACACCAGUAACACUAACUGCUUUGUACAAAAUUUGUCAAUGACACUUGUAACUGACACCAGGUGUUUGCACACCUGCUCGCUAGUUUUCCCCUACCAUUGUUGCACUGAUAUUAGUAGUUUAACAUGGCUGUACGGUGAUGCUCCUGUGUACUGUCCUAGUUCACCCACUCAUCAGACCUGAGGUCUGUGCAAAUGAACCUAGGUGCCCAGUGUCACUACAAUAUUUAUUUAGUACUUACCAUUUACUCCCUCACCUUUGUUUAAAAAAUUAGCUGAGCACAUUUCAAGACCCAAUAGCUGAGGGGUUGAGACUAUUUGCUGGUAAAGAUGAAUACAUCAGUAAAGCUCUAUGCUUGGGUCAGGGGUGGGAGAGCUGUAGACUGCAAGUUGCCUCUGGUAUUGAGAGUAUCUUAUUACACAGAACUGCACAGCUCGGUUAUGCUGAUUCCUCUUCCCUUGCAGCAUUGUGGUAAACUGUUGCUCAGGGCCUUUCCUCGGUCUUGGUUGCCAAUGGGAAAGUUGCCAUGAGAUUGGAGGGAAUGCUUAUUCCUUGGCUUGCCGAUAGCUGGUACAUUGCAUCCAUGUGGACGAGGGUAAUUGGUCUCUCACUGAGCAACAAAGGUUGCUAGUGGUAGAGCCUCUGCUUUCAGUCCGCUUUCUUUAACCCUGUGCAAAGAAAGAUGUUCUGUUACAUAAUGAGGUCCUUGGGUGUUUCAGCUCUGAGUUCUCCCAGUGCCUCUCCUGCAAAAAGUCUGAUGCAAGGCAUUGCUGUCUGCUUGUAAACUUUGCUGCAUUGUCUCUGGUGUAAAUCGAUGUAUAUUUGGAAUUUUCUAUCCUUUACAGUAGAAAGUUAUUUUUUAUAGAAUGAAGGCAGAUUUGUACUGGAGUCAGAUAACCAGUGCAUUCAGUGGAAUCUCUUGAGAGCUUCUCAAUUUUGUAAAGUCAAUAGAUUGUGUCUGUAUAUAGUCGGAAACUGAGAGGGAAGCAGGUUGAAUGUUGAUUUCUUUGUGGAGAAUGCAUUAAGUCGCACUCGUUACCAUGAAGAAGAUGAUACUGUUAAAAUGUACAAAAUGUCUCAAAUGCAAAUAGUCUUAUCAAUGUACUGUCCCUACAACUGAAAACCAAUGUGAGAUUUAGCUCGAACUGUUUUUAAACAAAAUUCUGAUACUGGUUUGUGUACUGUCUCAUCACCAGAGCUAAUCUAAGCAUCAAUACUUGCUGUUUAUACAGAACCUGCCUGGCAACCAGGGAAUAAAUAUUGCAUUGAUCAUCCGUGGUAGUUGUAACUGUACAGAAAUACUGGGUUUGCAAAUCUGUAUAGACUGGCUUUUUUGGUGCAGAGAUAUGGAAUGAAUGGUGAUAUGGCUACUGUAAGCAUCCAGACACUGACUAAUUAAAAUCUACAGCAAUAA